AUGGACGCAGCAAACACCCACAGCCUUCAACAGUUCGCCGCGGCGGUUCAGCAAUACGGCUUCGCCAACGAGCAUGACGGGCCCUCCGCGUCCGACGAUGCUCCCAACGCAGGCUAUGCGCCGGCGGAAACUGUCGACGACAAUCACAGCCAGUCCUAUCCCAUGAACACCGCGAACGGGUCCCCGAACGUACAGACAAGAAGACAAAGUAACAUGCUGAGGAAGACAGGCAAUCCCAACCCCACUCCCACAAUGCGCAGCCCACAGCAGCCGCGUCCUGUCCAGACUAGGUCGUCGCAGACACCCUCCCGCAGCGGCAGUAUGGCCACGGUCAAUUCCAUCCCGCAGGUACAAGCCGCGCAGACGCAGGCAAGCCAGCAACAGACGGACAAUGUUCAAGACGAAAUUAACUCCACGCCCUCCGGACAGCAAAAUUCUUUCAUCUUCAGAAACUCGUCAUCCGCUUUCCCAAAUGGCACCCCUACGCUUGCACGGUCACAGUCAAGUCAGUCUCAAGUCUACACCACUUCACAAGGAAUCGUCCAAACGGACCCAUGGGCCUCCCGUUUUAGAUCGGACCCAGCAGAAGAUGGAGUCAACGGCACCGCGACGGGCAACAAUGACCAGGCUGAGACGGAUCCUGCUGUAGCGGCCAAUCCUUUCAGCGACACCUUCCCUCUGAUUCCCAACCCUCCAGACCUUGAGGAAUGGCGGGAAAAUUUGUUCAACGUCAAUGAGACCCUCGUCCUCUCCGAAGAGGAGUUUCUCACGUACUUUCCGCAUGUCGACAAUGUUUACUCGCACCGCUCGACCCAGAAGUACAAGCGGAAGGCUUUCGUUAGUCACUACUGGGACUGCCGACUGAAGGGCCGACCUAGCGGCACGCCCAAGAGCGACGAUCCGAACAAGAAGAAGCGCAAGCGUACUGCUCGCGAGCGAGAUUUAUGUGAUGUCAAGAUCAAAAUCACCGAGUACUUCAGCUCCGAAGAAGCGAGAAAGAUGGGCUUGGAAGGCAACGCCAAUGGUGCUGAUAUCGACCUCAACACUAAUGGUGCCAUGACUCACGACAUGACCAACGCCGGCUAUGGAUCUGCAGACAGCAGCGCGCUCAACAUCGUCAUGGAAGACGGCAACCAUGGCCUGGGUGGAACUCUCGGCGCGCUUGGAGGUGGUCUGAUCGGCACUGUCGCGCCAUCCAACAACAACUCCAGUGAUCCGAACUUUGGCUUGCUGGAGCUUCCGCGGCCACUGCCACAAGGUCACCCUGGUGCCGACGGCAAGCGCUGGUACACCAUCCAACGCGUUCGUGGCAAUCCAGGAGGAGGCGCUGUCAAAGACAAUAACAAACGAGACAGCAAUGCUAAUGGCGACGCCGACGAUGACAUCGACCAGUCGGUUCUGGAUCCCAGUCUGGGCUAUGACCUGAAUCACAAGCAUUCUCUAGAGGAAAGUGACCGAAUCAAGAAAAACAGCGUGCAAAGAUGGAUGUUGAAGGAGGAAAAGGAGAAGAAGCGCUUGAGCAAAAUUCCCAUUGCCAACGCGAACCCGGCCGAUCAAGUCACUGCAGCCAAGGAGUCCGUAUCACCUUCUUUCCGUGCUUCGGGCAUGGCCUACUUUACCGUCCGCUCUCACGCCGCCCCAGCACCGACAAAGAUCACGUUGUUUGCCAACAGUUUCUGCCCCUUUGCGCAGCGGAUCUGGAUGGCCCUAGAAGUCAAAGGCAUCCCCUAUCAGAUGGUCGAGAUCAUGCCUGCGAACGUGGACUCCUACCGGCCUCCAGAAAUGCUCGAGGUGAACCCUGAGGGGAACAUCCCUUCGAUCAGACACGGCAACUGGGGCGUAUGGGAAAGUGGCGUGGUGCUGGAAUACUUGGAAGAUCUUGCCAUGGGACUUCCUCUGCUGCCUUUGGGCAACCCACAACUCCGCGCGCAUUGUCGGCUGUGGACAGACCACAUCAACCGCAAAAUCCUGCCGAGCUUCUACAGCUUGUUGCUCACCCCGCCGCCGUCGCCGAACGGUGAACAACCGAUGGGGAUGGACGGGAUGCAUCUCGACGGUGGUGGUGGCGCCGACGCGCAGAUCGCGGCUGCGGCGACCACUGCGCAGCACAGCAUGCUCAUCGCGACGUUGCAGAAGAACAUCACGGCACUGGUCAACGCCAGUCAUGCCACUGGACCUUUCUUCCUCGGAAACGAAAUCGGUUAUGUCGACGUGAUCUUUGCGCCGUGGAUCCUCCGCCUGUCCCGCGUGUUGAGCUAUUACAGGCACUUUCCGCGCCCCGAGGUCGGGACGCGGUGGAGACAGUGGGUCGACGCCAUUGAGGCGGAUGAUCAUGUGCGACGGACCGUGAGCGACGAGAAUUCAUAUCACGGCGUGUACAGAGGCGUGGGCGAGGACGGCUGGUGUGCCAAAGACGCGGUCAAGCCCAUGGUGGAAAUCCAUUACGCCAGGAAGGUCGUCGCCCAGGAAGGCUUUGGACUCGGAGGGGACGUCUGGGGUCGACUGCCCGAGGAGGAGGCAGUGCAUAAUCCUGGUGGUGUGCAAAUGGGCCAGGAGGUGUCUUGA